UGGAGAGAGAGAGAGAGAGAGAGAGAGAGAGAGAGAGAGAGAGACACACACACACACACACAGACAGAGAGAGUGAGUGUGUGUGUGUGGAGAGAGAGAGAGUGGACACACACACACAGAGUGUGUGUCUUGGCGAGCGGGAAAAACUUUCAGUGCGAGAGUUUGGGAGUUUGGGGAAGAUGGCGGAUAAAGGCUCCUUUCUGACCUCCGUCGUUAUCUUCUACCUGUCCAUCGGAGCGACUGUGUUUCAUCUGCUGGAGGAACCGAACUGGAGAACCGCCGUCCAGCAGUACCAACAGGAUAAAGACCGGAUCCUCCAAAGGCACCCGUGUCUCACCAAAGACGACCUGGAGACCAUCAUCCAGACGGUGGCCACAGCAGCAGGACAGGGUGUCACCAUCACUGGAGGGAAAGCCUACAACCCAUGGAUAUGGCAGAACGCCGUCAUCUUCGCUGCCACUAUCAUCACAACCAUCGGUUAUGGUCAGGUUGCUCCGAAGACGGUGGGUGGGCGUAUCUUCUGCAUCAUAUUCGGUUUAUGUGGAAUUCCGCUGUGUCUCACAUGGAUCAGUGAACUCGGAAAGUUCUUUAGCAGCAGAACCAAACGUCUGAGUCAGACUCUACUGCACCGUCGAUUCAAUGUGAAAAAGGUACAGUUGAUCUGCACUACGUUGUUCCUGUUGUGGGGUUUGCUGUUCCACCUGCUCAUCCCUCCGUUCAUCUUCAUGUGUAUGGAGGAGUGGACGUAUCUGGAAGGGCUUUACUUCUGCUUCAUCACGCUCACCACCGUGGGCUUUGGAGACUACGUAGCAGGUGUGAACACAGGCCUGACCUACAAAGCUCCAUACCGGUUCUGUGUGGAGUUAUGGAUCUACAUGGGCCUGGCAUGGCUUUCUCUUUUCUUCAGCUGGAAUGUCAACAUGGUGGUGGUAGCCCACAAAGUCCUGAAGAAACGCAGACAGAUGCGUCACAAGCUUUCUCCUGUUCAGCUGGAGCAGAUACACAAAGCACCACUGCCUCAUGCACCCAGCAUUGUUGACAUCUUCAAGUUCAUGUCGGAGAAAGGUGAGGACUAUAGCGACGUGAUCCGAGCCAUCGGCACAGCUGAGAAGAAGAAGAAGCAGCAGGAGGAGGAGCUCACACGAUCCAAGAGCUGCAGUGAACUCCUCAAACAGAUGGUGGUGCCUCUGGAACAGUCGCCACGCCAGAAACGCAGAUUCAGCAUCGGAGACAAUGUCUACAUGGUCAUCUCCAGAGCCAGAGGUUCCACUGGAGAUCUGGACGAGUGCAGAUCCCUUCAUGAGGAACUGAGCCAUGAUCCGGACCUGGAAAAGGAAAAGUGUUCAGAAAAGGAAAUUCUAAAGAGAGCAGGAAGUUUAGAAUGGGACUCAAGCAAUGUCUUACAGAGAUCCAUUCAGAUCCCCAGCUUCAGGUUUAGCUUCGACACCGACGACUCAGGAACCCAGGAAGAGCCCUCAAGGUUCUCUGUGACCAGAGUGAAUGAGGAUUUAUUAGAGAAAGGUGAAGGACCAGGGUGAGGAGCAGAGAUCUCCUUCCAACAUUCUUCACCGCUUACAGCACACAGUUAGGCUAAUUCAUUGAGAACAUUUAAGUCUAGAACCAGACAAGAACCUGGUGAAAACAUGAUUUGGAACACAGCCCUUCAGAACAUUGUUAUUAGUUAGGUAAUGAAUGACUGAUUGUUGUAAACCUGCUGUCAAUAAGUGUGUGUGUGUGUGUGUGUGUGUGUGUGUGUGUGUGUGUGUGUGUGUGUGUGUGUGUGUGUUUCAUGCUUGACUUGUUUCAGAUGAGUGAUAAACUGUAAAUAAAUGCCUUUUUAUACAUGCUUUAAAAUAAAAUAUCCUGAGAUGUACAAUUCA